UUGCUUAAGCGACUCGCCCCACUUUCACCUUGCUGCAUUUAGUGCGUUACUUACGGUGUUGUGAGCCUUGUGAGGUAAGAGAGAGACAGACACAGACGGACGGACAGAACAACGGUGGAGUGAGCGAAGACAUGGACGGCCGGGGAGGUUGCUGUAUCGCGCGGUACGACGACGGUGGGUAUGAUAUGUCAAAGGUUGACCGGAUAAUGCUUAGAUUCCGGCCGAUCGCGCCAAAACCAGCUGUCGGUGGAUCAUUUACGGGUACGCCUAUGCCCGAGAAUAAAGAUGUUUCUGUCAGGACGGAACGAGCUAAGAGAAGGUACAAUCGUAGAGGGAAUAACAAAAGAUGCAACAGAAAGAAAAGGGCGUUCCUAGAAGAAAAGAAAGAUGGGUUAAAAGAGACGGUCGUGACGUUGUUGCCGUUGCUACCCGAAACGCCUGAACCGAAAGAUUUGCCGCUGGGAAGAUCAUCGGAUCUCGAUCUAAACGUAAACAUAACGACCACGAAUCUCAAAACGCCAGCCAACUACGUACCGAUCCCGACGAUGAGCUUCAACAACCGGAAGGGCAAGCUAGAGGCGUGUAUCGAUGGGGAAGGAUUGGGGAGGACGGACGAGGAGAAAAAGAAGAAUCUCGAGAAGGACAUAUGUCCUGGGUUCAUAUCGGACGGAUUCAACAAAGUGGUGUGGAUGAACGAGGCUUACAGAAGGAUGGUAAGCCAUGGAGAGCAAGGGGAGUCGGGAUCGGAGAUGUUGUGGUUGGUGACAAAGGAAAGGCUGCCUGUAACGUACCCAGAAUUCGCGUGUCGAUUGAGGCUGCAACAUAAUUAUAGGAAGGACAAAAACUCAAUACUGACGGUUCCUUGUGACGUGUGGAGAAUGGACGAUGGAGGCUUUGCAUGGAGGUUGGACGUCAAAGCUGCACUCAGUUUGGGUCGAUGAAUCGAGCAUGGAACCAUCUAAGCACCCCAAGUCUUCAUACCCAACUUUGAGGGGGGGGGGAAAUCGUAAAUAUUUUGGUUCUGUGCUUUUGAACUUGAACUAAAUUCUAGUUUCUUAGCUAGGUUAUCGUCCUUUUAGUCUUUGAUGCUUUUCUUUUUUUCCCUCCUUCUUUUUCCAAGUUUAGGAGCUCACCAUGUUAAUGGCAAUAUUUGUUCAGAGGAGAUUAAGAAAUAAAUGUUAGAGUAUUGUCGUCCUCUCCGAUUUGUCUGUGUUUGUCUCUGCAUGUGCUGGCAUGGGUGUCUGAUCUUGUGAGGAGAAAGGGGGGUUUGGUUGGAGGUUUUCGAAGUUUGCAAUUUGGGGUUGAGAGAUUAAAAACUAUGGGAGUUGGGGAUGAAGGUUUUUGGAGUUUGGGAGCUUUGGGUUGGGUGACGGAGAGGUAGGAGAGGGGGAGCAGAAACGCAGAAAGCAGGCAUGCAAAAAGACAAGUGGAGUGGAGUUGAUAUUUCAGGCCAUUUGUACUUUUGGUCUUGGUUUUGAAUGAUCCCGGUACUGUACUUCUCUAUCUCUAUCCACUCCUGUGUUCAGACUAUUGAUCUCUCUCUCUCUCUGUGUCAAGACUCACACACAGCAGCACACAGUUGUUGACACGUCAAGGAUCGAAGAGCUGAAGACGGAAGGCACGUGUCGUUAGCAGCGAAGUGAAAGAGGAGAGGAGAUGAUCUUUCACGUGAUUUGAAGCAGGAUCAGGUGGCACAGGGAGAGAGAUGGAUGGAUCGUCACAGUGUGCAAGUGUAAGGUUUCUGUUGUGAAUUGUGAUGUUAUGGUAAAAAGAUUUCAUAUGGAUUUACUGA